AUGUCCAGCCCACGGACACUCGAACCGCACAACCCACACGCACGGACUUGGGCUACGCUGAGGCAAACGGCAGGGCAGAGGAGUGGAGAACACAGUUCGUCUGUUAAGAUGCCGUCCACCAACUCCCCUCACCCAACUCCUCCACCUGCGUCUGAGACUGCGAAGGCCCGCUCAUCAGCCAUAUAUCACCCGCCCCUGCUGUCCAAUCCGGCACUAUAG